AUGCCUGGAAAAGUAAAAGUGAAAAUUUCCUCGGGCAAGAACUUGCCAGUUAUGGAUAGGUCCAGUGAUACCACAGACGCUUACGUAGAAAUCAAACUCGGAGGAACAACGUUUAAAACUGACGUCUGUAGGAAGUCUCUACAUCCCCAAUGGAAUACAGAUUGGUAUCGCUUUGAGGUGGAAGAUUCAGAAUUGCAGGAUGAGCCCCUGCAAAUUCGACUAAUGGAUCAUGAUACCUACUCAGCUAACGACGCCAUAGGAAAAGUAUACUUAAAUUUAAAUCCCCUUUUGCUGCCCGGCGAUGGACAAAUAAUGAAAUACGGAUUCAACGGAGAUAGUUCGAUUCACCACGAAAUAUCUGGCUGGUUACCUGUGUACGACACAAUGCAUGGCAUCAGAGGUGAAGUGAAUAUCACAGUCAAAGUCGAGCUCUUCUCGGACUUCAAUCGAUACAGACAAUCUUCUUGCGGAGUACAAUUUUUUUACUCCCCUACAGUACCGCAAAUUUACCAAGCAAAAUUGAUACACGGUUUUGUAGAGGAGUUGGUGGUGUAUGACGAUCCAGAAUACCAAUGGAUCGAUAAAAUUCGCACACCGAGGGCGUCGAACGAAGCACGACAAACCCUGUUCUUCAAACUUUCGGGCGAAUUACAAAGGAAAAUCGGCGUGAAAACGCUAAAUUUAGGAGGAAACGCGGUUAUUGGUUACAAGCAAAGUUACGACCUGGAAGGAGAAUCGGGCAUAGUUGCCCGAGGAAUUGGUACAGCUGUUACAUUGAUUAAAUCAUCUAAUACCACUGCAACCGUCAACGGAGACAUCAAAGACGAGCAUGUUAAAGAUUACCUUGAAUUUGUUGGUGAUGGCAAAAGCCUUCGCUUAAGCAGCACACCAAAAGUUCUCCCUUAUCUCUCCCCAGCAUUUUCUCGAUUACCCAAACUACUUAAUCUCGCCCCUUCCAAAUCCAAAAGGCUCUCCAAAAAGCUGUACACGUCCAUAGAUUCCAGCAGCAUCAGAUCGAGCCGAUCCAUCGAAAACAUCACGCACAAUUCCAUGGAAUCUCUCCUUAAGCAAGAGAACGAGCGCGGCAAGAGCGGCAAGGCGCUGCCGCUCAAGUUCAAGAGCUUGAAAUUCAGCCGAAAAAUGAGCGCGCUCAAAUCGAAAUUGAAAAGCGAAACGGACGAGGAAAGCGAAAAGAAACCGUACAAAAGGUCCGAAAGCGAGUCGAGCUUCAUGGCCGAAAUCCUGGCGCGGUCUGUAAUACACGCUCACAACAGCGUGACUUCCAUACUGGAAGUUAAACACGGUUCUCUAGAAGGCGAUUUGAACAAAACCGCCUCGGAACCGACGAUUGCUUCGGCGAACAGCUCCAGCGAGGGAAGGUUUUCGAGUACCGAGUCCAGUACAUCCGAAGACGAUGAUUACAUCAAAGCGAGCGAGAAAGAUCUCGACACGAUCAGUACUAUAAUAAGAGACGUCGAGAGAUUGGAGUUGAAGCGAAAACAGACUUAUCUAAAGCAAUGUUCUUUACCGUUCGAUUUGAACAUUACCGAGGAUUCAACUGAACCCAAAAUCGAGGUCGAAGCGCCUACGAAAAGGGCGAAUUUCGAAAUAUUUUACGAAAACGACGAUGACGAAGACAACGAGGAAACUUUUAAAGGCAUAAUACCGGAGGCGAUGAAAAACGUCGAAAUAAAGGAAAAGGGUUUGGUAAAAACGGCGAUACAGGCGUUGCUGUUGGACAAAGCCAGCCUAAUCGGAACCUAUUCGCCUCCGACGUCGCCUAUACGCGAACAACCGUUUCCUACCGCGAAACCGCCAAUCGUGCGACAGAAAUCCCUGCCGAAAUCGGCGAGCUCCAUAAACUUCGACGAGUACAUCAAGCACAACGAAACCGUGCUCGGGGUGCCCUUCACCCAGAUCGUCUCGUACGAAUGCUUCAAGAGGCGCGUGUCGCAACCGUGCCUCGCCAAAAACGCGCCGACCUCGGACCAAUUGAGCAGCGCCAGCUGCUUCUCCGACAACCAGCUGAACCGGCCGCUGGUCAAAACCAUGCUGACGGAGUCCCUGCAGAAGGAGACGCCCAGCAGGUUCCGCAUAUUCGGGCCGCGGAAGGCCAGGCGGCCGCGCAUCCGUUCGUACAGCACCAGCUCACACAAGAGCUUCCUCUCCCGCAUAUUCAGCCAAAGGAAGCUGCGACCGUCCGCUGAUCCCUCCGAUCCUUCGACUUCCCGAUCCCGAAACGAGCUAACACGUACUAACGCCACAUCUCCCCCCGAUCAAUUGCCUGUCAAUAUAAAAAUUGAAGGCAACAUUUGUAGCGAUACUAAGCAUGCAUGCGUAACCCCAAACAGGCAUAAUAUGUCACCACAACCAGACCAAAUUGGGAGUAAUUGUCAACAGAGCUUAGAGGCUCCGAGAAGAGGCGACCAGUCUCCGUCCAGGCUCAACGUGCUCGCGCAAAGGAGGUCUUCGGAUUCCGAUUUGAGUACCACGCCCAAAGGAAACAGCCUGACGAGCAGCGAGAAGUCGGGCGGCCACAACAGCGGCUCCUUCAUGAAGAGCAACAUCCUGCGCUCGCAGAUCAACCAGGAGAACUUCGACAUGCUCGAGUACCCGUUCCUGACCGUCAUGAAGUUCCCGGCGGACUUCAUAGCCCAGAUCGGGGGCGCCGUCAGCGCGAGGUCCGUCAAGCGGCUGGAGACGAUCAGGAACAUCGAGGAGCCCGAGUCCCGGGACACCUGGUGGUCGGAGCUGCGGAUGGAGAUACGGUCGCACGCGCGCAGUUUGAACUGCAACGCUGUUUUGGGCUAUUCCGAAUCGGCUAGUAUUAAUGACGAUAUAUGCAUAUUGAGCGCUUACGGUACAGCUGUGGUUAUAAAUUUCCAUAAAAACGAAGAAGAUGAUUACUCGGGUUUAGUCAAGCAAAAUGUUGCUUCGAAUCUGAGCGAUGUUGCCAACGUGCUGGUGGAGCAGAAACAAAUCGAUAAAGACAAGCACAAAAACGAGAGUAGUAAAAAUUUCGACAGCCCCGAGCACGGGAAUAAUCAUUUGAAUUGCAAUUGUUCCAUCGCACAUUUACCCUACGAGGGCGGUAAUAAAUCUCUCAAAGCCACUUUAUCAAAAUGCAUGCUGUGCAGGAAGGGCAAAGUUCCGGAAGUUCUUAUAGCCACCAUCGAACCGCCCGAAGGCUUGCCGAGCACCGGCAGGGGAUGCUUCAUCGAAUCCUACGUCUGCCGCCCCCUGAAGGAUUUAAAAGGAGAGUGGAUAGCCAAGGAAAUCUCGGACGGCCUGCCUUUUCUCGAGUACGAACUGCACAGGCUGUUGGUCAACAAAUUGAAGAUAAAAGGUAUGAACGCGAUAUUCGGCUUGAAAUUCGGCAUAUCCGUCGGCGAGAGGUUGAUAAUAGCAACAGCAAACGGCACGGCAAUGUAUCUGGCUCCGCUACCGCCGCCCACCGUACCUAAAUUGGUAUCGGACGAGAACUCCGACGACGCCAAAGUGCUUCUGUUGCAGAAGCAGCUCAACGAGACCGUGAAGAGAAACCGGGAAAUCUACCAAAUCGACGACGAUUCGCAGAAUUGCCGCGUUUGGUCCGAUGACGAAUCCGAAGAAGAACCCACGUCGCUGGACUUAUCAUCCGGCAGCAAGGAUUGCUGCGUCCUAGAGGUCGACGAUCCCAAGGACGAGGAAAUAUUAUUCUCGCUGAUGAAGGAGCGCCCGCCAGACGGCUUCCACGUGGUAAACACCGAGUCGAUACCCGGCCUCGACGACAUGGAGAUCGUCAGGAAUCUGCAGAUGUUCACGCAGGUGCGCCGGUUCAAGUUCCACUCGAACCUCAACAUCGACGAGUACUUCUCCAAGUUGCUCGAAAGCGUCUACUUCAAAUUGAGGAGGAUGGUGCCGUGCGCGCUCUGCAACAUCCAGUUCCGGUGCGGCAUACCCGAGCCCGACGAAGUGCAGCUACUGGUAUUCGGUAUGGCUUUGGGAUUGGGCAAGAAGUCGAAGAAAGUGAAAAUGGUGGUUUCCAAACGAAAUGAUGAAGAUAUGAUUUUCAAGCUGGACGAAGAUAGCAUUCCGGAGAACGCGAUUACCAAGAGCAGUAGUGUAAAAUACAGACCGAGGACAUCCUCGAAAUACAAAUCGCAAUCCUUAAAACAACGACAUACACCCCAGCAGGAAAUAAACGGCGUGGAUGUGACACCGCUGUCGUACGUACCCGGAGCCAGUGUUGACAAAUAUUUAGGCAAUAUCAAUUUCUUUUUCAUCAGGGAAACGACGUCGAUAAGAGAAGAAGGCGGUCUUAGCGGCUUCCUUCACAGCUUCGUGACUGAAGUAUUAGCUAUAGUAAGAGCUCACGUAUCAGCCCUAGGCGGUAACGCUUUAAUAGCUUUCUUCUUGACAGAAUUGUUCCUCCAUCACAAUUUCCACAAGAACCAAGGGCAGUGUCUCAUUAACGUCGGCGGCGACGUCGUUUCGGUGACUUACUUCAACGGAGAAACGUAA